CCUUGAUCAGUACAAGUUCACGUGAAAGUUGAGAUGAUCGGAUAUGAUUAAUGAAUGUCACGUGUAUUGAUGAUGAGCAGAAGGUUCAGUCUUAUCUAAUUUAGGUGUCUCUACUGAUUAAGUAAAUUUCAACUGUAGCACUACGACUUUAGAGAUGGCUAGUGCAUCUACAGCUACAUCGUCAUUUACCAAUUAUGCUCGUCUUGGGUGUGCAGCACAAAGUGAACUACCAAGCGUUCUUCAGAAGCUACUUACCAUUAAAGAGCCACCUCACUUGUUGCAUAGUCAUGUUAGCACAAACAAAUUUUUAUCACGGAAUUUAAGAGCACAUGAAUGGAAACAGAUUACUGGUGUACAGUCAAAUGGCUACAGUAAUCUAGAUAUAUCAUUAUGCUACAAGUUAAUUCGAAAUCUAAAUUUGGUUCCUCCUCCAACUCAAGGGUGGGAUUUCCCAGCAGACCCGACACCAUUGGAGCUAACUGUUGGCGACGAUAUUGAGCGUGUUCGAAGGAAACGUAAUGAAGUUCUUCACCGGGGCAAUACAUUGGUAACAGACCAGGAAUUAACGGAUUAUUUUACAAUCUUCAAAUCCAUAUCCGGAAGGCUAGAAAUAUACCUAGGAACAGCAAAGAAUGAGUUUGUGUCGACAUUUGAGCAUUUAGAAUCAUGUUGCAUGGACAUAGAAACAGAAAAGAUGUAUUUGGAAAAUCUUGAAAUACUUAGGAAAGAGGAAAAUACAUUUAAAGAACAAAUUUCCCUGGUACAAAAUACAGUUCAGAUGAUCGCAAAACAAGAACAAGAUUUAAAAAUUACACUGAACGAACAUAAAAUGAGUAUUCAGUCACUUGACGACGACAUAAAGAAUACAGCAAGCAAAUUCAAACGUGGGACAGAGACAUUGGCAAAAGUUACAGAACAACACGAGCAGAACAUUAAGACUUUAGAACAGAGUACCAGUUCACAAACCUUGAGAAUCAAAUUACUAGAAGAUGCCACUGAAAAAAGUGGUUACGAGACUGAGAAUUUAUAUGCUAAAACUGACGACCAUGAAGUCAAAAUAGAAAAUUUAGAAGUUUCAGUUGAUGUGCAUGAAAUAAAGAUAGAAAACUUAGAAGACACAACAGAUGAACAUCAAAAUAUGAUCGGAACAUUAGAAGAACUCACAGACCAACACCAGGGAAAGAUCGAUACUUUGGUAGAACAGACGAAUCAACACAGGGAUCAAAUAGUGGAGAUAGAAGAACAUACGACAGUACAUACAGAACAGAUAGGAACACUAAAAGAAAUUACAGACACUUCAAAUGAAAAUAUUAGAACAUUGAACGAAAGAACAGACAUACAUCAGGACAAGAUAGGAACGUUAGAAGUGGACAAUUUAAAACAGGAAGAAAAAGAACAGUACAUUCAAAAUCAGGAACAUCAUAAAAAGAAAAAGAUGGAGUCGAUAUAUACUGCGAUUGAUUUGGCACAGGAACAAUAUAAAAACGAGUUAGAGCUUUUUCAACAAGCUUCUACUGAAAAGGCAGCCUCAAAUGCAAAUAUAAUAGACGCAUUAACAGAUCAAAUGUUUGAUGCAGCGGAAGACAUGAAUUUAUAUGAAUCUCUUUCUGCGGAAUUUAACGCAUUUGUUGAAAAUAUGAAAAGAGAAAUGCAAGACGCUUCUGAUAUGGCGCUGCAACGAUCCAAACAGCAUGAAACUCAUAUGUCAAAUUUAAGUCGUGAACUUCAAGAGACAAUGUUGGACCAACCAGUUUUGUCAGACGAUUAUAUAGCGUUGAAAACAAAGGACAGAUCAAAGGGUAUUAACAAUGAUGCAGCAUAAACUUUGUAUCUAGAAAAGAUUUUGUGUUUGUAAAUAUGGAAAUGUAUUAAGAUUAUUCAAAGGAAACAUAUAUUUUGACUUUAAAAAAAGAGGGACAAAAGAUACCAAAGGGACACUCAAACUCAUUAAAUGAUGCUAUUUUCAUUGAUGGUAUUGAUUUCCAAUUGGUAACAUAUGCACUUUGCCAACCCAUAAAAACAUAGCUAUAACCUUAUACUCUAAAUAUGCGUGUAGACCACUUGGAACACAGUGAAUACAUGGAAUAGUUAUCUUUGAAAUGAUUCCCAAAGUUUGUAAGCUGUAAGCGGUUUUAUUUUAAAGUUCAAAGAAAGUUGACAUUACUGUCGUUAAAUGAACAAAACCAACAAAUGGUAAUUCAUUUUGCUAUCGCUGUACUUGAGUGCAUUUGUAAGCUACUUAUUGUUUAUUUCAUGUGUAAAUGUUACAUGUUUACCUUUUUGUUGAUAUUAACAAAUAAAAGCAUUAACAGUUCUAACUUUACUGAGCCAGAUGCGUU